AUGGCCGCGGCAACAGCACCAACGGCGCCGACUGUGGCAGCGCCAACAGCACCAGCAGCUGCACCAGCAGCACCAACACCACAGCUGACCGCUUACCAUGAAUUUUUCGGCAACACCACUUUGGACCCCCAUCAACAAGACUACCAAGCGCUCAUGCGAGCCUACAGAGUUUAUGACACUCCUACACCUGCUCAAUCGUUGUACAACAGCGCCGGACUGUCUACCUCCGCUUAUCCCAUGGCCUACCUGUCGCUCAUCAAUGACAAUGGGAAUUUGUUCUAUCUAUUGGUCCAUGCACCAGCCUUCUACAAGUCACUGCCUGGGGUCCCAAGUCGCUGCGAUGGAAAGACCUACGCGUUCACCGGCGAUGUGGUGGCCAACACCAUCACCACUGUAGAAUUUCCACAGGACGCCUUUAUGUCGCCAGGAACUGGAACAGAGGAAAACGUCCCAAAGGAUCUGGAGCGAGCUCUGGACAUUCUCCAGCUCAAUCCGGACGACACCUCUAUUGGACCGUUCCAGGACACGGAUGCCAACAUCAAACAAGCAAAGACCCAGCAGGAGCGGGCGCUCCACCAACUCUUGCCACAACAUUGCCUGAUAGACCUUUUGAUGAUGCAACGCCGAGAGCUGUUGGAACAGCAUCUUCCGGGCCUGAAGGAAGCUUCACUUCCGUCUAUGCUAGGAAUUCAGCAGAGCCUGGCGCAAUCAGUCAACGAACUGGUCCGAACCCAAACGGACGCCCAGACCGAAGCGACAGCACGAGACGCCAAGGCCAAGGCCCCCAAGAGUGUGGACGAAUUCUUUGGUCCCAUGCUCCACAAGCUCCUCAGCGUUCUCCACGUCCAAGACACUAGCCAGUGCCCACCUGUCUGGUCCGAAUGGGCGUCUCAGCCCAAGAAAGCCGACCUCGACGUUUUGGAAACCGCCCUCAGGUCCCAAGCGAGCAGCGAAGCGACAGGGGGAUUCGGAAUUGUACCCAUUGUCACUCCGGACUUGGUGAAGAAAGUGAAGGCGGUGAAACUCGGUGGCAACGACACUGACGACCUUGAAGAAGGAAUUCACCCUUUCUCUAUUGUCCUGCCGUCCUAUGGAGGCUCCGAUGUGGGAGUGACCAAGGCGGCCCGAGAAAGGGCAGCAGCUUACGCGGAAGUCCACGGGGGAUCAGGGGCCUCUCUACAAGACGCCAUCGCCUUGAGAAAGCCUACUGUCCACAUCCCGGACACCUUCUCCAAGGCACGAAGUCAUCUUAUGGGCCUACUAACCUUGUGGCAAGUCCUGCUGCCAUUCAGCCAUCCUUUCCUACGAGCGUACGGAAUGUUCCUACAGCAAUACGUGCGAGAUGAAGCCAACUUCACUGCCCUACUCGACAAGUUGCCACGACCAGAGCCAAAGCCGGCUCUUUUCUUGAGGGCAGUACAAGUCCGCAUGGUUAACUACUGGCAGUCAGUGGAGAGCUCUAUGUCCUAUCAGCCGGAUCCGCCCAACUUUGUUGACAUCCUGGUACAGAUCCGACAGCGCUCCGACAGCUGGAUUGCUGCGCUUCCUGCCAACUACUGGAGCGAACCAGUUGCCCAAUUACCUACAGCUCCCUGGAACGGGGGAUACCUGCCCUACAUGAUGCCCCCAGGCAUGGUCCCGAUGUCUUCUGACAGCUCCGGUGCCUCCAGUCUCACACCUCAUUCCGUGGGGUAUCCUCCAUUCUUCAAUGGUUUCUUUCCACCACAGGGUGCAGGAAUUAAGCCAGGCGAGGAUGACCAAAAAUCCAAAGGAAAGAACAGCCUCCAAGUGAAGAACUCCACACAUGUUCCAGAGCUCGUCCAGUUCCGGAAAUUGGCCCUUGCCACCGCUGUUCCAAAGGCUGAGCAGAAAGCUGGAUCUCCGCCGCCUGAGAUCACCCACAGUGGCACCAAGGUGCAAAUGUGUGUUGGUUAUCACGUCAAGGGAAAAUGCUGGGAAAAGUGUCCUCGAGCGGCCGACCAUGUGGCCCACUCCGCACAAGACACAGCAAAGCUUGUCGCGUGGUGCAAGGAAGCUUAUGCUGAAGAAUGA